AUGCCCACGGUGUGCAGGUUACGUAGAGGGCGUACCGAGGGAGCGAGGGAGUGCGUGAGGAGGUCGUUAGCAACAGAUUUUUUUGGUCACAUUCGAGCAAGAACAAACGUCUCCCUCCUCUUCAUCCUCUCGCAAAUCUCCCUCUGCUAUGGCCUCUCUCGCCCAUGCACUACCCUGACGUCACUCCUUACGCUGCAGCCGCCACCACCAGCUGCAGCCGAUAAGCUCAAGGUCGUGGCUGAGCGGCUCCACAAUGCGGUCGCAUUCCUCUCACUCAAGGACCGGCACUUCGCCGACCGACCCAACCGAGGGCCACGCUUGGCUCAUGAGCUCCCUCAACGAAACCAGUAUCAGCGGCAAACCCCAGCACCUGCACUUCCCAUCCGACCACUCAAAGUGCCGGGUGCUAUGCUUCGAGGGACGCCACGUCAUUACGACUACGACAACAUAUGGCACGGCCUGUCGACGGUGUUCCCGUUCGUGGCGUGGCACCGAGGGGAUGGUUGCCGCUGCCAGCCUGAGUGGCGGGCGCUGUGCCAUUGGGAUGAGCUCUGGCCCGAGAUGGUCCUGUGGCUGAGCAAGCUGAUAGAGGUGACGUUCGGGAAGCCACCGUCCAUAGAUGUGUUUGAUAAAAUCAAGGUGAAGAAUGAAGGAGGUAUGUCUAGGGAGAGGAGGCUCGAGGCCUUCGACUCUUCUAGGUGCAGUGUGAGAAGGUAUUGCAACUUAAGCUCGGAGGUCCAUGGUGAUGGUAAGAAUGGUAAGGCAAUACGUUUGAUGUUGUUGAUGAGGCGAGAAGCAAGGUCGUUCAGGAACGAAUCGGCUGUGAUCGGCAUUUUCCAGAGGGUUGCGCGAUAA